GCUCGAGAGGUUAGAAUUCAGACUUUUCAGAUUGAGGAGAUCCAUCAUCAUCAGGCUCUUGAGGAAUAAAAUCACCAUAGGGAAACAGAAGCCUAAAUUCUUUAGGAAGUCGGUUUUCAACAGAAAGGGUGUCCAUGCAAGUCAACAACUGGCAAAGAAGACCCCGCAUUCUUCUUGCUGCUUGUGGGAGUGUUGCGGCAUUGAAGUUUAGAACCAUAUGCCAAUGUUUUUCUGAAUGGGCGGAUGUUCGAGCUGUUGCCACAAGAGCAGCGUUGUUCUUCAUCGAUCGACAAUCCCUCCCAAAGAACGUCUUUCUUUACAACGACGACGAUGAUUGGUCCAGUUGGAGGAAAAUUGGUGACGAAUGCCUUCACAUUCAUCUUUGCAACUGGGCUGAUAUUAUGGUUAUCGCUCCACUCUCGGCAAACACACUUGGAAAGAUUGCGGGAGGAUUGUGUGAUAAUCUAUUAACUUGCAUAGUACGAGCAUGGGACUACAACAAGCCUAUAUUUGUUGCACCCGCCAUGAACGCCUUGAUGUGGAAGAAUUCUUUCACUGAAAGACAUCUUGUGUCUGUUGAUGAUCUUGGAAUUACUCUUAUACGACCAGUGGCAAAUGCAGUGGAACAAUGCAAUGGUGUCAUGGCCGAACCGAGCCACAUUUCUGCAACUGUGAUUCUAUUCAUCGAAUUACAACGUAAGAGAAACAAAACAGCCAACCAGUAAGUGUAAAAUCGUGGAAGAUGGCCAUUUUUUCUUUAAGUUGUUUGGCAAAUGGGAUGAUUUGGGUUGCAUACAAAUUAGAAGCUGCAAUAAUAUAUCUGCCCCGUCCAUCUCGUGAAGCCUUUGUGAUUGUGUUCUUGUGGUUUGACUGAGAUUGGGAUGGGUAGGCUGUAAAUGAAAUUUGUUUCGUUCACAUUUUUUUUCUUUGUUCUUCCCAAUUUUAUCAUCUCACUUGUAAUCUUACUUGACAUCAAACCAUUUUUUUACACUAAUAAAUAGUACUGCUCUCUAAUUUUCUA